UACGGGUGAAAAUCCGAAAUGGAUUUCUUAUGAUAAUGAAGGAAAACUUGUGCCAAAUUAUGACGAUUUUUAUACACUACAUGAAGGAUACAUGCCUGACGGUCGUAGCGGGAUGUCAAAUGGGAUAACACAAGGUGGAAGUAAUGCUGAUAUGGUGGUUGUAAGCCGAAGUAUUCCUAAAAAAAACUUUACUGAUAACAUAAACUGGACAUUAGCCUAUGAGGCAUUAUUAAAAGGUGCUAAAGGAUUCAUUUUACCACGAUUUGUAAAUGGAUCUUUUGAUACAUCAUGGAACGUGUUUAAUCUUUCUGAAAACACUCCGUAUUAUGAAGGAUCUGCUUGGGAAUAUAGACCACAAGCCUUUGAACGUCGUCUCGACAAAACUUUCGAAAAUAAAUCUUAUUUAACUGCAUACUUCAAUAUAGGAAAUGAGCCAGAUUUUUUUCAUCCUUGCUUAUAUCAUUUUAUUGGCAAACAAUGGAAAAGUGUUGAAGUUAUUAGAGACAUUUUGGAGAAAAAAUUUGGAAAAGGACCUGAAUUAAUUACUUAUUGUGCUAUGUUACUAGGAAAUGAUGAUUUAGGUGCUAUGGGAA